GAGACAGCGAAGAGACUGAGACAUGUGCUGAGAGAGACAGCGCGCUGUGGAGGCAGGACUGAUCAUCUUUAGGUAGGAAACAGAUAAAAUGUCAUUUCACACUCGUGAGAGCGACUGUCUGUAAGGAGCAGCAAGUUGUUCGCGCGCAGAAGCGACAUUUAAAGCCCCACAUCAUCAACUUUGCGCGUGAUGCGGCGCGUGUGGGUUCAGCAUCGCGUUUGUGAGCGCGCAACGAGCCCGCAACCGAGAUAACUUUUACAUGGCAGUUCGACACUGAAGUGUUGGCUACUUUUUACUCUCAUUGACUGGUGACAAAGAAGACCGACUCGGUCAGGUGGCUUAGGAGAGGAGACUCACGGACCACGCGCAUGUGUGGAGUAUCCGUAGGAUUUCAGAGCGCGCACGUUCGCCAGAAUGGAUGGUAACUACUUGGCCACUUUUUACGAGUCUGCAAAAAGUUUUUUUUAAAAGCCUCUGGGAGGAAGAAUGGAUGUGAAAAGCCAGCGGUAUUAUAGUUUGACAAGCAGUGCUUCUGAGAUGGAAACAUCUCAAGCUAUGGAGGUCGAGAUGCUGGAUGGAUCCUCAGUGAUAAGUUCUUUCACUGAGCUUUGACUUUACUUUUAUUCCUUCACAGGAGAAUGUGAUGCUUUUGAAUAAGACUCUCACACACAUGAUCGUUCCCUUUAAACGCAUCUAUCAUUAACUGAGCUUAUAUUUUCUCCCUGUUAAUUGACAUUAUGGACAAGAACUCUAUUGCAUAUCAGAUGGAGUUGACACUUUUCAUGGUCGUCUUCCUGUUUUGGGUCACCGUGUGUGCGGAUGACAGUAAGAUCAUUUCAGACCGGUAUGCUGUGUACUGGAACAGCACGAAUCCCAGAUUCUUGCAUGGUGAAUACACAGUGGAGGUGGCCAUCAAUGACUACCUGGACAUCUACUGUCCGCACUACGAGGAUCAUCUUCCUCAGGAGCGCAUGGAACGUUACAUCCUUUUUAUGGUCAACUAUGACGGCUACACCACCUGCAACCACCAUAUGAAAGGCUUUAAGCGCUGGGAAUGCAACCGUCCAAUGAGUCCAAACGGGCCCCUUAAGUUCUCAGAGAAGUUCCAGCUCUUCACACCCUUCUCUCUGGGCUUUGAGUUUCGCCCAGGCCACGAAUACUACUACAUCUCUUCACCACACCCCAACCUUGGUGGGAAGCCGUGUUUGAAACUGAAGGUGUACGUCAAGCCUACAAAUGACUCUCUGUACGAGUCUCCAGAGCCUUUCCUGACAGAUGACUCCAGCAGUGGUUGGGCAUUAACGCCCAGCCUGUGGCUCAUGCUUCCAUUGCUUCUGCUUUUGUGUCCCUCAUAGCAUUAUAAUCCACUGAGCCUGACCACGCCCAACCUGCCCCACCCCAUCAUACAUCACAAUGACAUGCCCUGCCCCAUGAGAUCUGGAGUCUAGUGAACAAACAUUGCUCAUCGCCUGCUCUUUGCACUGUUGAAAUGGAUUUUUACCAACCCUGCAAUCCGGCUGGACAACCGAAAACCAUCUCUAAUUUACAAUGACAAUAUGCCUCGCCCAAAUGCCGAAAUAUUGGCAUUCUUGCAUAGGCUUUCUUGCUCGACAGACAAAAGACGUGAAGUGGCCAGCAUUUUUGAAUGUGCUGUACUUUUCUGCCAACAUCCCACUAUCAUCCUCGUGUCAAGAUUCAAGCGACUGUCCUCUGAAUCUCUCUGUUUGUCUGUGUUUACCACCUACCUGAGCCUUUACUGUCACCUGAGCUCAGUUUUCACAAUUGUGAGAUCAUAAAAGUGUGCAAGUGAGUUGUGCAAGUGCACAUAUGCCAAUGUUCGCAUAUGAACAGAUGUACAGAGCAGUCACAGUCCCUUAAAAAAUUACUAGAAAAAAAAAACUUGUUCUAUUACUCAUUGAGUGGAGGAGACAAAUCUGUGAAUCUGCCAAAGACACUACUUAAAACUUUUUUUAAUAGGGGGAGUGGGGCAAAUACUGGUUUGGAAAGAGAUUACAUGCAACCAUGGAACAUUUCAGGCUUUUAAAAACAUGGGAGGGGAGUGACAGAUGACAGUGUAGAUUAUUCUGUAGAAUUAUCUUUUUUGUCAUACAAAAAACAAGAAUGUUGCUUAGAUUAAAAAAACAAAAAAACAAUAGCUAAAUAUGGCCUUUUUUCACUGGUGCUCAAUCUGAAAUGAGUUUAUCUGUCUCAAACUGAAAAUAAUAAUAAUAAUAAUUUUCUUAGUGAGUAUUUUUGACUUGUUUUCCAGUAAAAAUAUCAAAAUCUUAUUUUUUUUUUAUUUACCCCAUUAAAAAAUUAUGCAGCCCCUAAAGUGACAGAAAAAAAGACUUUCACAUGAGAAACGUUUUGCAUAUGCACAAGAAACUUUUCUCUGAAAAUCUGUCAAGAGAACAGAAAUGUUCUUGUUUUUUCACACAAGUUUUCCAUAUAUGCAUAUUUCCGAAAGGAUUUUUUUUUUUUUUUGCAAAACUGUGAACAAGAAAGUUUUAUAAAGUGUUUUUCGUGAACACAAUACAUUUCUCAUCCACAUGUGCAACACACACAGAAAAGAAAACGUAAAUUUGAAAGUUUUGCACACAAGUUUUUUGUACACACGUAGAACAUUUGUGCGCAUGGCGCAAAUGCCAUUUUAGGGGUUCCAUAACAAAUAAUUUUCUGUUUUUAUUUGUUUAUAGAAAGCAUAAAUCUAACAAAAGUUUGUGAGGUUUACACUUAAACAAAAAAAAAGAAAUAUCCUCUGAAAACAUCCUCUUAAUAUCUUACGCAGUUUUACACAACACAAAAAUACAGAUUAAGAGAAUGAAUUUUUGCAGUGUAUACAGUGCCAAGUGGAAGAGGGAUGUCUGUGUCAAAGAAGUGUUUGUUGUCAGGUCUACUUUCUAAAUUUUGUCCCAGUCUCUCUCUCUCUCUCUCUCUCUCUCUCUCUCUCUCUCUAUAGCUGUCAUUUUAUUAAUGUGGUCUUUUCUAUGUGCCGCUCUGUCACGCAUAGAUCUCCCACACUUGCACUUGUGCCCUAUAUCCGUGCUGAGAAGGACCGCUGAAUAAGAGGCCCCAGGACCCUGAGUGCCAGGUAACUGUGACAUCAUUAUGACAUCACAGGCUUUGGCAUAAAGACUGACGGACCGAGGCCUUGCACUGCAAAUAGAAAUGCUACAUAACAUGACUCCAUAUGAGGGAUUAAAAUCCACAUAGCACUUCUCUUUUGUGACAAUUUCAUGAAAAAAUAAAUAAAUAAAUAAAUAAAAUAACAGAAAGGAGAAACUAUAAAGAUGUGGGAAUAUUAGUGCGUUGGAAUUGUUUUGUGACUGUAAUAAUAUAUGUCAUGAAGAUUUCAAGGCAAGUCGGCAUGGAUUGUCUGAGUGAAUGAAAACGUUUUUUGUUUGUUUGUUUGUUUGUUUAUGUCUGUUGGAACUUUUAUAUUUUACUUAUUCCUGUGUUAUUUUUAACUUUGCAAAAGAGCAAAAGAAAUUAUUCAUAUGUGAUAUGAAAUUAUAAUGUAGACCCUUGAAUUAUUAGAGCAACGAUGGUACCAGUUCUGCAGUUAAAUGAGUCUAGACAAGUCAGAUGUUGCUGUUGUUGUUGUUGUUGUUGUUUCCUGAUGUAUCAUGAUGCAUUCUGGUACAUGUAGUCCUGAAUAUUUUUUUUUCUCUCCAAGUGCUACUAUGAGAUUAUUUUUAUUUGUUAUUCAUGUGGAUAAAACAUAUUUUGAGUUUCUAUAAAAUGUUCAAAUGCUCUGGCAAAGGACAACUACAAGAAAAAAAAACUGAAAUAAAGCUUUUUUUGUUUAAAAAAGAA